GAAGCGAUAAGUUCGCGAUUGAAUGCUUUUGGUGUUAAAUCUGGUAUUAAAUCUGAUUCAACUAAUAGAAAGGAUAUCCGAGUGAAAUUCAACAUGACAUUCUUAAGAUUAUUAUUAAGUACUAGUAUAAUAUAUCUUGCUGUAAUGGCAAUAGCGAGUCCUAUAGAUGAUGAAGAAUCAAAAAUCAAAGGAGUAGAAAUCGAUGAAGAAUCAAAAAUCAUGCGCAAUGUAUUAAACAACAAAUCAAGCAAUAUAUCAGAUUAUAUAUUUCCGAUACAUUAUAACAUGAAAUUAGUGUUUCUCAAUGAUUAUCUUGUCAGCGAAUGCACAAUUACUUUAAAUAUUUCUUAUGCAAAUCAAUACAUAAGUUUUUAUGUAUCGAAUUCAACGGAAAUAAUAGCAUCAAAAUUAAUUCAAAAAAACAGUAUAAUUUAUGAAACAAGACCAACAAAUCCCGAUAAAAACAAUAUUGUCGUGCUCGAUUUCGGUGAUGUCUUGCUGUGUGGAAUGUACAAUUUAUAUAUAGAAUUUAAAAUCCCACUUAAUAUCGUAAGAAAGUCUUUUGGAACUCUAUACAUAAAUGAAGAUAAAGAAAUAGAGUGGUUAAUCGCAACAGGUAUCCAGCAAAGAAACAAGUAUCAAACGAAAAAACAGCAAAUAUUUCCAUAUUGGGACAAGCCAGAAUUAAAAAUUACUUUUGUUAUUUCCAUAUUGCAUCAUCCAAAAUACAAAGCUUCAUCAAAUAUGCCGAUACGAAAUAUUGAAAUCAAGUACAAUACAAUGUGGACAUAUUUUCACGAGACUCCUUUAAUCUCCAUAGAUAGUGUAGCAUUUCUGGUAUGCGGUUUUCAUCGGAUCAUGAUUUCGCGUGGUUCUUUUAAUCAAGACAUAUGGUUCAGACCAGAAUUGAAACCGCAUCUAGAAUUUGCGGAAACUGUUAUUUCUUCCGCUAAUGUAUAUAUGCGUGAAUGGAAUAUUUGGAGGAAAGUCCUUGAGCAGACUUCUGUUUCAUUUGAGAGCAAAGUGGAUUAUGUCGUAAUCCCGGAUUUACAAGAUGAAAUCAAACAUACUUUGGGUUUCAUUUUUUAUCGGGAAGCAAAUAUCAUUUAUAAUGUAGAAUUAGAUUCUGUCGCAUACAAAACGAUAAUUGCGCGCUUGAUUGCACGUGGGAUGGUACAAAAAUAUAUCAGAAAUUUGUUCAAACCGACUGACUUAUGGUCUCAUACAUGGUUAAACGAAGGAUUUAAUAUGUAUUAUCCAGCAUACAUCAUCGACAAGGCUCUGCCAAAUUCUCGAAUGAUGGAUUUGUUUGUAGUUCAAGUUCAACAUGAAUUACUCUAUCUAAAUACUUAUAUUGUUAUAAAUUCUACUAUAGUAUAUAAAAGCUAUUAUGAAAAUUAUUUGCAUUCUUCUCUUACUCAUAUCAAAGGAUUCAUUAUAUGGCGCAUGUUAGUAGAAGCAUUGCCACCUUCUAUAUUUGUAAAGGGAUUGGACGAAUAUGUGAACAAUCAAGUCAAUAAGCCUGAAGCAACAACUUCCGAUCAUUUAUGGAACGCUUUGAGAUCUAAGAUGAUUGAAUUAGAUCCCAAGUAUGAUUUUAAUAUAAAAGACACGAUAGAUUCGUGGAUUAGGCAGAGAUAUUCUUCUGUGUUGAAAGUGACACAAAAUUAUUCUGCUAAUGAUUCUUCUUCUUCUGUUGUAAUCGUAUCGGUAGAAUUUCACAACGAAUUAGAUCAGAAACAAUAUUAUAUACCUGUUACUUAUACUACAGAGUCGAAACUCGAUUUUAACGUAACUUGGACGAAUUUUUGGUUAACACCAUGGCGUCCAAAAAUCGAACUUUUUUUUGAGCAAAAUGAAUGGAUUAUUCUCAACUUACAACAAGCUGGAUAUUAUCGUGUCAAUUACGAUACUACGAAUUGGCGAAAAAUUGCACAAUACUUAAAUUCUGAAAAUUAUAGUAAUAUACAUGUUCUCAAUCGGGCACAAAUCAUCAAUGAUGCGUUUCAUUUUGCAAUAGAGAAGAAACUUGAAUUCUCCGUAUUUUGGGAACUCGCUUCUUAUUUGGCACAGGAAAAAGAUUAUAUAGCAUGGUAUCCUAUGUUCAAAGCUUUUGAAUUUUUGUCAAAUAUCUUUCCAUUCUUGGAUUUUUAUCCUGAAUUUAAGGACGUGCUAAAGUUUGAUUUUAUGCAGAAUUUUGAAUUUAGUAACGUGAAUCUGUAUGACGAAUAUAACAUUAACGAUCAUACUAAAUGUUUAAUGCAAGAACUCGCAAAGUGGAAAUGUAUUAUAAGUGAUUAUUCUUGUGAAAAAGAAUCUACGCGUUAUUUGAAAUGGCAUCUAGAAAAUCCUAAGGAAAACAAACUUUUGCCUAGAUGGAAGAGGUGGACAUAUUGUAAUGGUUUGAAAACGGCAGAUAAUGAUACAUGGAAUGAAGUUUUAAAUAAUUACAUAAAAGGAAAUGAUACAAUUUUAGAAUGUCUGGCUUAUAGUAAAAAUUCUGAAAUUAUAAUCUAUUAUUUAGAAAUAAAAUUAUCACAAAUUUUAUUCGAAAUGAAUCUAUUUCAUCAGCAUCGCGGACUAAUGGAGCAAUAUUAUGCUUUUACUGCUAAUAUUUUUCUUUCUGUCAUUGAGAGGCAUACUAAAUAUAUGCUUACAAAGUUAUUAUAUAAUUACAAAUUAAUAAAACACGGGCAAGUUAAUGAUAUUGUGACAUUAACUGUUAUAAUUAACAAUGCGUAUUCUAAGAAACAAUUGGACGAGAUCAAGGAAUUCGUAAAAAGGGAGCUGAAAAAUUCAAUCAUUUCCAAUGUUGAAUACAAGAUUGAAACACGUCGGUCGGAGAUCGAAAAACAGAUAAAAUAUUUUCAGGUUUUGUUCAACAAUUGAAUAACUAUAUUUCUACGAUACUAACUGUUUAGUAAUUAAAAAUACAGCAU